AUGGUGGUCUUAUCUCAUUUACUUCACGGCCUUGCACAGCGUUUCGGACUUCUACGGAGUAAUGAUCAAAUCGUUGAACGGGAGCGGCGAGCAGAAGCUGAGCGGGAACGACUUGGGGAGGCGGAACGAGAUGUGAAUCCUGCUCCAGAUAGUAGCAGCAGUGAAGAGAGCAGAGAGGCGGCAACGGAGGCGGAGGCGGCAAGAUCAUCGUCAUUGACUAGUGACAGUGAUACCAAUCAAACACCAGAAACCUCAUCUGACAGAACUGUUCAAAUGGAGGAGGAGGAUGAUGAAGUUCAGCAUUUCCCCGGAUAUGAUCUGAUUACUGUCCCGAUCACCACGUUACGUAUUGCAACAAUUGCGCCCAGCGAGCCCAACCUACUCUCUCAACGAACAAAGCCAAAAUGA